AACUAUAUGUUUUGUUGGUAACCUUCCCACCGAAUUUAAUGCUUUAAUUUAUUCAGAUGUGCUUUAAUUAUUCAGACCUUUCGACAGAAUGUUGAAUAACACACUGAAAUUAAUAUGAAUGCAAGAGUGUAGUAAUUAAUUUGCAGUGGAAAAGGGAAUAUGUUGAAAGUAAAACUUUUUAUUACUGUGUAUUGUUAAAUAUGUGGACAUCUUUCUUCGUUUAUAUGAACACGCCCCAAGCCACCUACUGCAAUGCCCGUUUUAUACCAUUUUAGAGGACAUUCGAAUUUGGAAAAUGAAAACCUGGAUAGUACCAAAAUGUGAUUACACAUAUUUAUACCUGGUAUGGCAGCAUUAAAGAAAGAAAAAAUUAGACUCCAAGGUCAUGAGACUUACAACCAUCCAAAAUGAAGAAAAAAAUGAAGUCAGCUGUAAUGUGGAUACUCUGUCUGCUCCUUGUAAUCUACUUACUUUGUACUCCUUUCCGUGGAUGGAAAAUUCAAACCGAGGAAAUUUCAUAUAGACUAGUUCAGGCGUAUAUUGAUACGGGCAUAGUUCGACCCAUCACUAUACCCUCAGUAGGGUGUGCUGACCAUGGUCAAAAUGUGUUUUUACUAAUAAUGGUGCCUAGUUCAGUAUCAAACUUUCAACAGAGAGAUGCCAUUCGUCACACAUGGGGAAACGUUUCAAAAGUUACACCGACUGUUCAAGUCAACUUUGUCUUGGGCAAAAGUAAAAACUCAGCUUUGCAGGAUUUAGCGAACACCGAAAAACUGAUAUACAACGAUAUUAUAUUUGAAGAUGUUCUAGAAACGUACGAAAACCUUACCAGAAAAUCUAUAGCAAUUUUGCGUUGGACAGUUUCAUUUUGCAACCGAGCUCGUUACCUUUUAAAGAUAGACGAUGAUAUGUUCUUAAAUCUUCCCAGACUUCUGAGUUAUCUCUCAGACUUUUCUCAAGUUAACACAGUCCUUGGGUGUAAGGUCAGUCAUUCUGCGCCAUACCGGAAUCCAUUUUCUAAAUGGCACGUGUCACGUGAUCAGUAUGAGGACAGAGAAUAUCCGGACUAUAUAUCCGGAACUGCUUAUCUCAUUUCCGGUGAUAUCAUUUACGAUCUCUACCAAGCAACAAAGAAGGUUCCUUAUUUCAUAUUUGAGGAUGUUUUCGUAACUGGUUUGUGCCGGAAACAAAUCGGUGCUGUCGCAAAAGAGCAUCAUGGGUUCAGUUGUGGUAGUCGUGAAAUCGGACCCUGUGGAAAGAACUUUAGGUAUAGGAUUACAGGUCAUCACUAUAGCCCACAGGAAGUGAAACGAAUGUGGGUAGAACUACAAAACAGAUGGUCGGACUGUCGAUUAGUGGAUUACUUCUUUAUAUACAAUCUGAUUGAUAUUUUUAAAAGGAUAUUUCUCUAGUCAUUGGAUAAUUCAUUUCUUUAUUACAAUUUUCUAGUCAUGAAAUAGCAAUAAAAGUGUUCUUGCUAACUAUCAUCUUACCCUUUCUCUACCCUGCCUUAUGUUGAAAAUGAUAAAACAAUAUUUGUUCGAAAAACUGUGUAAAGGUAUCAAAAUUGUUUGUUAUACCUUUAAAAGUUUGUUCCUAAUAUACAAAUCUUUAUUAAAAAGUCCUAACAUUUCUAA